AUGGCUUCCGCGCUUAGAGCGUCGUUGGCGCCUGCGGGGCUCAGCGCGGCCGCGCUCUCCGGAUCCCCGCUCGGCGGGAGAAAGGAGCACCUCGGCGCGUCUCUCCGCGCGUCCGCCGCCGGGACUCACGGCAGAGUGACCAUGGCGUUGCGCGCUCGCCGCGACCCGCGGCUGAUCGCGCCGGUAGACGACAAAUUCCUCCCGUGGCUGGCGGACGCCGCCCGGUCCGACGAGGGGCGCGCGCAGAUCUCCGACGCGGCGAGCGGGCGGUUCGACGGGCCGCCGCUGCUGGACCUCGCCGCGGCGAAAAUGGCGGCGACGCAAAUGGCGGCCCCCGCGCAGGUGGAGCGCGGUGGAGGGUACGGCGAGCACCGGCCGCGUCGGCCGCCGCCCGAUCUGCCGUCGCUGCUGCUGAACAGCCGAAUUGUCUACGUCGGCAUGCCGGUGGGUGGUGGAACGUGGGAGAAAAAAGUUUCAAGGGAGCAGCAAUUUCGAGUCGCUCCUGCUGAGCAGCCGAAUCGUGCACAUAGGCAUGCCGGUGGGUGUUCGAAUGUGCAAGUUAGAAAACGCAGAGCUGUUGCCGGCGGUUACGGAGCUGGCAGUAACGGAGCUGGUGGUAGCGCAGCUGCUGUACCUGCAGUGGUUUACGCUAUCUGCUUCUCCCCGUUUCUUCCCCCCCGCCCUCCUCCCUCCCAUCCUGCCUUCCGCGCGGCCUUUACCACCCCGCCUUCCUGCGUGCAGUUGGUACCAGCGGUAACGGAGCUGGUGAUAGCGCAGCUGCUGUACCUUCAGUGGCUGGAUCCACGUCAGCCUACCUACGUCUACCUCAACUCCACCGGCACCUCCCGCGCUGAUGGCGAAACGGUGGGCAUGGAGACGGAGGGGUUUGCUAUAUACGACACCAUGAUGCAGAUGAAGAACGAGAUGCAAACAGUGGGCGUGGGGGCGGCGAUAGGCCAGGCGUGCAUGCUGCUGGCGGCGGGGGAGAAGGGGCGCCGAUUCAUGCUGCCACACGCCACCGCCAUGAUCCAGCAGCCGCGCCUGCCCUCCACGGGACAGAUGUCAGCCAUUGAUGUGCACAUCCGCGCCAAGGAGGUGGUGAACAACAGAGACACUCUCGUGAAGCUCCUCGCCCGCCACACAGGCAAUUCGUUUGAGAAGAUUGCCAAGACCAUGGAGCGCCCGUACUACAUGAACCCACAGAGGGCUCUCGAGUUCGGGGUGAUUGACAAGAUCCUGUGGCGCGGCCAGGAGGCCAUGGCGAAGACACUGUCAGCGGAGGAGUGGGACAAGGGGGCUGGCAUUCGCAUGAUGGAGAAACCUGCUGCUCCCCCCGCCUGA